AUGACAGGACAAGACGACUGCUUCAGAAAUCCAGGUGAAUGUGAGCUGUGUAAGAGAGAGACGGCACUGUUCCAUGUGUCCAGUAUCAAGGGGGACACAGAUGGUCUGAUUGGUGGAGAGCUGAUUCAACCUCAGCCCCCUGACACUUCAGCUCUGUUCACUGCAAGCGAAGGCAAAUCUCGCAGAAAACCGCGUGGUUUCCAAAUCCCGUUCCUCUUUCAACUAGCCCUCAAGAUGCCGACCAGGAAGACCAAGACCAGGAAGCUUCGAGGACAUGUCAGCCACGGACAUGGUCGCGUUGGCAAACACAGAAAGCAUCCUGGAGGUCGUGGUAAUGCUGGUGGUCUGCAUCACCACAGAAUCAACUUCGACAAAUACCAUCCAGGUUACUUCGGUAAGGUGGGUAUGAGACAUUACCACCUGAAGAGGAAUACAUCCCACUGCCCCACCAUCAACCUGGACAAGCUGUGGACCCUGGUGAGCGAGCAGACCAGGCUCAACUACAGCAAGAAGCCCGAGGGACCUGCCCCCAUCAUCGAUGCUGUGCGCGCUGGCUACUACAAAGUUCUGGGCAAAGGCAAGCUGCCCAAGCAGCCUGUGAUUGUCAAGGCCAAGUUCUUCAGCCGACAGGCCGAGGAGAAGAUCAAGGCAGUGGGAGGAGCCUGCGUCCUGAUGGCAUAAUGCUCCUGUCAGUGUUUUUGCAAAAAAUAAAGUGUAUAAAUGGAAACUA